UUUAGAUUACAUCUACAGCCUACUAACAAACAUAUAAAGUUGGCGCCAAAAAUAUGUCCAUUUACCCGCCAUAAAUCCACUGUAUAAAAACUGAUAAAUCAAAACAUAUACUUCUUCCCCAAAUUACAAUUCACAUACCCUAAAAUGAAAAGGACGAAGAAAAUGAAGAAGAAAGCCCAAAAUCCUCCAAAAGAAGCACAACAAGAAGAAGAACGACAACAACAACAAUACUGGUUGUUGAAAACAGAAAUCGGUGAAUGGUCUUGGGAAGAUCAAUCGGCAAACGGUGGGAAUUCCAAAUGGGACGGCGUUAAAAACAAGCAAGCUCAGAAGUAUCUCAAGUCCAUGAGGAUGGGAGACCUCUGUUUCUUCUACCAUUCUGGCGCCAAAGCGCGCCGCAUUGUCGGCGUCGUAACCGUCGUUAAGGAAUGCUACGACGACGGCGAUGAUGGCGGAGUGGCGGUGGAUAUGGCGGCGGUAGGGGAGAUGAGGAGGCCGGUGGACUUGGCGGAGAUGAAGGUGGAUGAGAGGCUGAAGGUGUCCGGGUUUGCGUUGUUUCGGCAACCGAGGUUGUCGGUGGUGCCGGUGCCGGCGGAGGUGUGGAAGAGGGUGUGUGAGUUGGGUGGCGGGUAUGAAGGGGAUGGUGGUGGGGAGGUUGAAGACUAAGGUCUACGGUGGAGUAACUCUUUGGUGGAGGAUGUUAUAUUCUUAUGGACUAAUUUUCAUGUUUUGGGUUUAGUUUAGUGUUUUUUCUUCUUUUGCCUAAAUUAAAGAAAGAUAGUGGCCUUGUUGCUGAAUUGUUAAGUUCUUUGUAUAGCAUCUUUGAUGAAGGUUGUGACUUGUUUUCCA